AUGGCCUGUACGAACGGCUUGUAUGCCACCGUAACCAGUGGCGUACACACGAAGCAAUCGAAAGAGCUCAUGCAGCUCUAUUGUGUCCAUGGCGUGUGCAACGGCGGUGUCGAGCGAAGGGGCACCGGCAAUUUGAGGAAGUUCAUUGAGGGCAUGGUGGAGUACCAGUUGUGGCGGAUUGGUGGGACACCAUCGAAGGAGCGAUUUUUCCCAAAACGUCUCUACCCAGAGGUGAGGGCGCUAGGAGGCGACCAGUACCUGAAGACCACGACGCAUAUGAAAAGUGUAAGGAGUUUCCGGAGUACUUGCAUUCGACGUGGUUUGAUGGCCCAUACAAGGACAUGUGGGAAUUGGUCGACCUGA